AUGACGCUGGGAGAGGUGGACAUGGACGAUGGAACGCUCCCGCGAAUCGUCGUGGAGCGUUUGAGGGAUGGCACGAGUGGGUUUGAGUUGUACACGACGAGAGUGGCGCACGAGAGCGCGUCGAGCGACGGGUCGACGACGAAAUUGAUCGUCGAGUUGCAGGAUGGACACAAGAUAGAGGCGUGCGUGAUGCGACACGCCAAGGGGCGGACGACGCUGUGCGUGAGCUCGCAGGUUGGGUGUAAGAUGGGGUGCACGUUUUGCGCGACGGGGACGCUCGGAGAGCUCGGAAACUUGGCGUCGUUUGAGAUAUUGGAGCAGCUCGCGCACGCGAAUCGAGUCGCGGCGGUGCGAAAUGUGGUGUUCAUGGGGAUGGGAGAGCCGCUGAAUAACUACGAUUCGGUGAUCGAGGCAAUCGGGGUGAUGACGGAUGACAAGGCGUUCGCGCUGAGCGCGUCGAAGAUCACCGUGAGCACCGUCGGGGUGAUUCCGAGGAUGCGCACGCUCACGCGAGACGCCCCAGGGACGUGCCUGGCGCUCAGUUUGCACGCCCCGACGCAGGAGUUGAGGCAGAAGAUCGUGCCCACGGCGACGGCGUACAAAUUAGACGACCUCAUGCGAGUUUUAGAAGAGUAUCUCGCGAGCGGGCCAAAGAUGAAAACUAUGAUCGAGUACUGCGUCCUGGGCGGCGUGAACGACGACGAGACGUGCGCGGAAAAACUGGGCGAACUCUUUCGCGGUAAGGAGGAGAAGAUCAUCCUUAACCUCAUUCCUCUGAAUCCCACGGACACUCCGGCUGGCCACGUGCCGCCGACGCCCGAGGCGGUGAGAAAGAUGAUGGAGAUUUUGAUGAAGAAGUACGGUUUAUUCGUGACGAGGAGGCACACCAUGGGUGACGACAUCGCGGGAGCGUGCGGGCAGCUGGCGCUGAAAACACCGGGCGAUCCAGACAUGGAGGACAUGAUGGCACCGCGAAGGACGACGUCGGCCGCCAAGGUGCGGAGAGCGCCGCCGCGGGAGGAGCGAACGUCGCCGACGCUAGUCGAGGCGUCGCAACCGUCUUCAUCGUCGCGCGCGCAAAGAACAGAGUAUGCACUCAUCGGCGUCUCGGUUUUAAGCGCGGGUAUGUUGGCGUACGCCCUGUACUCGCGGCGGCGAUAG